AUGCCGCCCUACUCGGCCCGUCGCCGCCCUUACCCGGCUUGUCGCCGCCCGUUCCGGCCCGUCGCCGCCCUUCAGUGGCCCGUCGCCACCCUUACGCGGCCCGUUGCCGCCCUUCCCGGCCCGUCGCCGCCCAUCGGCUCAGCCUGCCACCCUUGCGGCCACCCUCCCGGCCCCGGCGCCUCCUCCUCCAAUCCCGCGGCCGCCCCACCUACCCUCGAGCCGCCGCUCCACCUGGCCCCUCAGGCCGUCGACACGGAGGCAAGAGCCGCAGCUGCCGAACCGCCGAGCCGCUAUGUCCUCGCCUUUGACGCUGAGGGUCGGGCCAUUGACUUUGACGUCUGGGUAGAUGACCUGCAGCUUUUCCUACAGUGCGAUAGGGCAGACGGUCUCUCCCUCUUUGACCUCACCUCUGGUGCCUCUCCUGCUCCUGCUGCUGAUGCUAACGCCACUGUUCGCUCCCAGUGGGCCACGCGCGAUGCUGCUGCUCGUCUUGCUGUGCGUCGCCACCUCCCUACCUCCGAGCGUGCGCACUUUAGUCAGUACAAGAGUGCUCAGACCUUGUACGACGCUGUAGUUGCACGCUACUCCUCCCCUGCCACUGCUGCACUGAGCCGUCUCAUGCUACCGUACCUCUUCCCUGACCUUGCUGCCUUUCUCACAGUCGCUGACCUCAUUACGCACCUCCGCACUAGUGACACUCGCUACCGCGCUACGCUUCCUGCUGACAUCUGCGCCAAGAACCCCCCCCCCCCCAUGUACAUCACUCUCUACUACAAAGUCACUCGCCUCCCUGACUCCCUUCGCGUAGUCAGGGACCACUUCCUCUCAGUCUGUCCCACCACUCUCACAGUUGACCUCCUCGAGAAGUCCCUCCUAGCGGUCGAGAAGAGCAUAGUCGUUGUAGGGGCCUCUCGUGGUGACCCGCGCACCCCCAUCUUUGAGGGGUGUUCCCCCUCCCCCCUUCUGCCCUCUGUUGCCUCUGCUGCUGCGGCCGACCUCCUUGGUCUUGAGCCGGUCGGUGCGGCGUCUGCCCCUAGCGGGAGACGCCGCUCUUGCAAGGGCAAGGGGGGCAGGGGCGCUGGAGGAGCGAGCGGGGGCGGUGGAGGUGGAGGUGGAGGCGGCGGGGGGAGUGGGGGUGGCGGUGGGAGUGGUGGUGGGGGUGGAGGUGUCGGUGGCAGCAGUGGAGGCGGAGGCGGCGGCGGCGGUGGCAGUGGGAGCGGAGGUGGCGGAGGUGGCGGCGGUGGAGGAGGCGGCGGAGGCGGCGGUAGUAGCGGAGGCGGCGGAGGCGGUGCAGGCGGCGGGGGUGGAGGUGGGACUGGUCGAAAGUCUAGGCAGAGGAGUAGCUCCGGUGGUGGUCCGCGCCAGCAGCAGCAGCGCGGCCGUGAGACCCUGUCCCCUCAGCAGCUCCGUGAGUGGUACACUGCACGCCAGCGGGGUGAGGGUUUUGGUCCGUGCACCUACGUCCUGCGCACCGGCGACCGUGCGGGUGAGCAGUGUGGGGGUGCGCACCCCACCCAGCGCUGCUUUGGCCACCUGACGGACGCGUGGCGUCACCAGUUCCCGGAGGCCACAGAGAUCCCUCGCUGGGGCGAGCUGUCUAGGGCGGGUGUUGCCAUCUAUGAUCUUGAUUUUGAUGCUAUUCUUUCUGCCAUUUUUGUUGUGUCUAUUGGUGAUGAGGGUGACUGUUACCGGUGUUUCCCGCCCGAUCCGGGCAUUCAGACUGCUGCUCUAGGGCCCUAG